UCACAUAGUUAAGUUAGGUAUGAAAGUUGCCACCAACAUAAUUAUGGGUUAGUCAUGUUUCAUACAGUCUUGAGCUCUAUGCGUUUAAUCUUCUUCAUAAGAAUGGUCUGAAAAUGGUCACUUACCAUAUCCUUUGGCACCGUCGAUGGGUAUUCACAUAGUAGUUAAAUUAUGUAUGAAGCUUGUCACUAGCAUAGUAAUCGACUUGCUAUGUUUUUGUCCUGCCUUUAGCUCUAUGGCGUUUAAUCUGCUUGAUGAGAGUGAUGGCCUGAAAAUAAUGUACAUUAUACAUUUUUUUUUGCUUUGUUGACAAAUUUUAAUUCGGCUCAUUUUUGUCCUUGAGAUUAGUUUUGUAAGGUCAAUUGACCGGAUGAUAUUUAAUCAAGUAUAUCGAACUGUAAUAUUAUCUCAUCAAGCAACAUUUUGAUCAUUAUCAACCUUCUCUGGUUGAUACUGUUCCUGUUGCUACUCUGUGUUAGCUAGUCUGGUGAAAGAACUUUUUUUUUUGGUAGAUGGUGAAAGAGCAUUUGUUGUGAUUCGUUAUCAAAGUUGCUCGAUGUUUUGCUGAAGCCUGUAAGGCAGCAUAACUUGCUUCACCAGUACUAAGGUUUUCAGUUUUUAUUUUCUUUAAUCACAACCUAGGAAAAAUGAGAGUGGCAUUUUGAUUGAUUUCCACUAGAUGUACCUGUAUAGUAUGACCUUUUGAGUGUUUUUCAACUUCCAGGUGUUCUGGAUGCACCUUUUAUGGACAUAUUUGGCGAUUUGAAUUAUUUCAAAAACUUGCUGGUAGAAGUUAGAUGUCUUUGCUAUUUGUUGUCAUAGAUGCAUGAUGUGCACUGAUGCUCAUCUAUUUUUCAGGCUUCCGGAAGUCAAUUCUGCUAGGAUGGCUGAUUGGGCUAAUCUUCAGACUGAUAUUGUUGGUACAAUCAUAAGGAAGCUUGCCAUCCCUGACUAUAUCAGAUUCCGUGCCGUAUGCACCUCGUGGAACCGUGUCUGUGCCUGCAGGGAUGUAUCCAACAAUCCAAGGGUAGACCCAUGGCUGAUGCUCCCCACAAAGAUGCUCGAGGAUGCUAAAUUUUUCAGCAUACCUGAAAGAAAGAAUGAAACCAUACGCAUCCUGAGUAUUGCCACGAUCUGUGGCUCCGCGUGGACUCCUGUUGGUUCCUCCAAUGGUUGGCUUGUCUUCUUCAACCCGACUCUGGGAACCAUCCAGCUGGUUAAUCCAAUCAGCAGUGCUCAGUUCCAACUCCCCCCAGUCGGAUGCAAGCCGUUCUCCAAAGCCGUGUUGCUUGACAUGAGUGAGAGUAACUUCAGCGUUGCUGUCAUCUAUGGCGACCAAAAAGGAUACAAAGUGACAUGCAAAGGAAGCAAAGGCUGGUCAUCUGUUGAUUCAAAACACGUCCUGAUAGAUGUCUUCAAGCACAGAAGUCAACUUUACACCAUUGACAUAUAUGGUACGGUCGAGCUGUGGGCAGAGCCACCCAGUGCAUGGCCGGAUGAGGAUGGCCUGCUGGUGGAUCCAAAUCUGCAUCACAACUUUGCGCCGGAUGAGGAUUACCCGAUAUGGGAUCAAUAUGUGUAUGACAACUGGAUGGAGGACCAGCCGGAUGAGGACGGCCCGGAUGAGGAUGGCUUGCUGUUGGGUCCAAAUCUGCAUCACAACUUCGCGCCGGAUGAGGACGACCUGAUGGGGGGCCCAUAUCUGCAUGACAACUUCGAGCUGGACGAGGAGGGCCCGCUGGUGUAUCCAAAUCUGCAUCACAACUUCGGCCCGGAUGAGGAUGACCCAAUGGGUAUUCCAUAUCUGUAUGACGACUUGGAGCUGGUGGAUCCGCUGGUGGAUCCAAAUCAAUUAAACUGUCUGGUGGAGACCCCAGCUGGUGAUCUCAUGAAGGUUAAGCGUCAAUCUGAGAGCAAGUUUGCGGUGUGGAUCCUGAACAAGGGGACAUCUUCCUUCGAGAGGACUAAUGACAUUGGGGAAUUCGGGCUGUUUGUCAGCCGCUACAGCUCGUUCUGUCUCCUGACUAAGGACCAUCCGAAUGUGAAGUCGAACCACGUCUACUUCAUCGACAGCUACAAGAACCUGUGCGCGUUCAACCUCGAGCAUGGGACGAAGGAGCUCGUGGAAGCCCUCGAAACACUCGGUGCGCAUAAUCAGCAAGACAUGUACUUGCUGGGGCGCCCAGGAGUACAUUCAUUCUUAUGGUUCACCCCUUCACUGAAAUGAGGGAACGCGUGCAAAGGUAAAAA